GCAGGUCAGGGCCGACAGCCCGGGCCUAGCAGCAACGCCUCACACACACACCCCCUCCUGACUGCCCCCAUCCCUGCGGCCUGAGGGUAAUGGAGCUGCUCCCUCCCUUCCAGAGGCUUAUUCAACCGGAGGAGAUGUGGCUUUACCGGAAUCCCUAUGUGGAAACUGAGUAUUUCCCCACCAAGUCGAUGUUUUUCAUUGCUUUUCUCUCUCCACUGUUUCUUAUUCUCCUGGUUAAAUGUCUCAAGAAGGCAGACACAACAGACAGCAAACAAGCCUGCCUUGCAGCCAGCCUGGCCCUGGCUCUGAAUGGUGUUUUUACCAACACAAUAAAAUUGAUAGUGGGGAGGCCACGUCCAGACUUCUUCUACCGCUGCUUCCCCGAUGGGCAAGCUCAUUCUGACUUGGCGUGCACUGGAGAUAGAGGCGUGGUGAAUGAGGGCCGAAAGAGCUUCCCUAGUGGACACUCUUCCUUUGCAUUUGCUGGUCUGGCCUUUGCUUCAUUCUACCUGGCAGGGAAGCUACAUUGCUUCACACCACAAGGCCGUGGGAAAUCUUGGAGGUUUUGUGCCUUUCUGGCACCUCUACUUUUUGCAGUUGUGAUUGCAUUGUCCCGGACCUGUGACUAUAAGCAUCACUGGCAAGAUGUACUAGUUGGAUCCAUGAUUGGCCUGACAUUUGCCUACAUCUGCUAUAGGCAGUAUUAUCCUCCUCUGACUGAUGCAGAAUGCCAUAGACCACUGCAGGCCAGACUUAUACUUCCCACCACACAGAACAAGCCUGGUGAUACUUAUCAUUUUAAUAUUUAGAAACUGAAGCAACCUCACUGGAAAAUAAUGAAUCAGUCCCCCACUAACUGGACCAUACCCAAGCAGCAAUUUCUGGGCCUUUUUUUAACCUCUGAAGAGGUACAAGUGAGGGUGUAAGUACUAUAUUGUGCCCCCCAACCCCACGUAAUUUUAUCAUGAGAAAUGAAGGAACCAUGUGCCAUACCUUCUGGUAAAGAUACCUUGUAGUAGUCUUCCACAGCUUAUGGUCAUUCACAUUGGUAUCCCAACAUACAGUGGUUUCACAAUUUAUGUACUGUUGGAAGGAUCCUGUCACUAAGGAGCCUUUAUUUAUGUAGUCCCACUUUCUUCUAGAGCUUGAGGUAACUUCCUUUUCCCAUAGAUCAACAUCUUAAAAUCUACAGCAUGACCAGUUAAAUUAUGUUGGUGGCUUACUUUCUCUAGUAGCAAUUCCAUUAAGCCUCAAAUAGGGAACUGUCUGAUUCUGACUAAUGUAGUCAAAGAUGAUAGGAAUAUCUUCAAGUUUGCAGCAGCUUUUUCUAUCUACUCUGAAUACUGUGAACAUCAGUAACUUGGAAACAGAUGCUCAGGAGUGUGGUUUCUGUGCUAACAAAUGAUGACUGUUUCUACCUCAUUUGUCCUUAACUGCUCACGAGCUGCCCAAAUCCAUUCCCUUUGCCAACUGGCUAAGGCAGGAAAGAAAAAUCAUUAAUUUCUAGAAAGUAAAUCUUUUUUUCUAGAAAACAAUGAUUAUGGGACAUACUCU